CGUCAAACAAAGUUUAGCCAGGCGCAACACUGUAUCAUUUCAUGUAGCCUGCAACUCUGCAGAUGGGAUAGGCCUAUUCUACAUUGUUUCUAACGAAAAAGGAGAAAUAGUUACGAGGCAGAAAUGUAUAAAGUUGACCUGCCCGUGGACAACUCUGUGGCUUUGGCGGUGGAACGCCGAAGGGCUGCAGAGGCGGCGCGCCAAAGCAGAAUCUUUAACCCCAGGAAUCGCGUGAUGGGUUUGGAUCUUCAAACGCUGGAUCAACAGGCAGCAGAGAGGAGAGAACGGGAGGAGAGAGAGAAGGAAUCUCAAAAGGCAUACGAUGCUUUGCGCGUGACAAACGAUCGCAUGUUAGAACAAAGUCAGCGAGAAGAAGAAGAACGAAAAAGAGAACAGAUGAAAGAUCUGCUUCAGUUCAGGGCCACUUAUCAGCGUCCAGAGGACUCUCGUGAUGCCGACCUCACGUGUGGCCGACAAGGGGCGCUCGCGCUUAACCUUUCCAUCCCGGAGUCUCUGGGGCCUGCGAGCAUGCAAGUAUUUAAGGGAGAGGACCUUGGGGAGAAAGAGAGGAAAAGAGCUCAAAUCGAGGAGACGGAGAGGCAGCUGAGAGCUCAGAGAGAGGACACGGAGAAACUGCGCCUGUGGCACAAACAUCAAGAGCUCCAGCGGGAUAAGUAUCUUGUGCAGCAGGACCUGAGGUCCGCCCAUCUCCAGGCUCUGGAGGAGGAGGGCAAGAGAGUUGAGCGUCUGGCGCUUACCAGCUUCAACCAGUCUCUGGCCGAGGAGCGAGCGGCGAGAGAGAGGCACGAACGCGAGCAGAACGUCGGCAUGGCGAUGGCCGAAAUCCGCCACAUGGUGACCUCCGACCUCCUGACUGAAUGCCCCGAGGCCGCCGAGCGAGCGACGCGGCAGGGCUGGGGUCAGCGCGUGCUGACGGACCGCUGGAGAGGGAUGACCGCCGAGCAGCAGGCCACCGUCCUCCGAGAGCAGGAGCAACAGCGCCUAGAGAACGAGAGACAAAGACAGGCGGAGCGGCGGCGGGAGCAGGCCUGGGAUCAGGAGCGUCUGGAGCAGGCCAGAGCCCUGGAGGAGGCGGCCGGGAGGGAGCGCGAGCUGGACAGACAGCGGAGGAUGGAACUGAGCCGACACAACCAGCAGCUGGCGCAGCAACAGCAGCAGCAUCAGCAGUACUUGGACAAGCAGCUUUACACCAACCAACCGGCGGUCAGCUACUUCACCCAGUUCAACACCAGCUCCCGCUGAUCAGGAGCCGCUUCCCAGUCACAGUGUCCCCACACUGUACUCAACAGUGGAGACAAAUAAAGCUUGUUUCCACUCCUAC